AUGCUCAGCAUGCUGGUAAAAAUGUGUCGAGUCUGCGGAAAAAGCAAUUCAUGCGACAAAACAAUGAAUCUCUUCGAAUCGAAAAAUCGGAAGCUUAUCCGGCAUAUUCAAAUUUUGACUGGAUUGCGGCUGCGGGAUUCCGAAGAUGCACCCGCCUCAAUUUGUUUUUGCUGUCAAACGGACUUGAAACUGGCCAUGUCAUUUCGGAGACUUUGCAUAAAAACACAAAAGAAAUGGCAGCCUCCCAUCGAAAUCAAUGAUAACUCCUCCCUCAGCGAGCAGGAUGUGCCAGUACCAUUAAGCCCAAAGCCACCAAUCCAACAGAGCCACAAGUCUAUCGGGAUCAGCACGUAUAGAGAAAGUGAUUCGGACGAGGAGCCAAAGGAAACCGUACAAGUUAUGCUCAAGGAAUGUCAAACAAUCAGCACUGAUGUUGCUGAGGAACAUGAUCACUUGGAUCUGGACUAUAUCAUAAGAGCCAACACAGACAUCGAUACAGAUGAGUCAAAUGAAACACAAACGAAUAAUAACAACAUAAGCGGACUGCACAAGCCAAUAAUUGACUCCAGCAAAGAUUGCAAGAAACUCGCCAGAGCCCAGCCAGAACGGGCCAUAUACGUCUGCGAGUUGUGUGGCAAAUAUGUAAAUAGCAAAGUUUCAUUCGAUCGCCACAUGCGAAAGCACACCGGGGAGCGUCCCUUUGCCUGCGAGAAGUGCUCGUCUCGUUUUCUAUCCGCUGCUGAAUUGCGCUCACAUUGCCUCUCACACACGGGAGAGCGACCGUUUCCGUAUCGCUACUGCGAUCGCCGCUAUGUUAGCUAUGCGGGCAGACUGAAGCACGAGAGAACGCAUACGAAUGAACGACCCUUCGUGUGCGAAGAGUGCGGCAAGGCGUUUACCAACACAUAUAUACUAAAGAAUCAUAUGCUGGUUCAUACGGGCGAACGCUUAUUUAGAUGCGAUUUCUGCCAGCGUUCGUUUCAGCGCAAAACUCAUCUGCGAACGCAUUACCGUUCGUAUACGCACAAGCAGAAUGUGGGGAGGCUUCAGGAUGCACAGAACGCAGCUGCGACAAACGGAUAAAAUUAAAUCAUUGUUAAGUUUAAGCUUCAGUUAGCAAUACAUAUGGGGUAAUGUGGUGAUUUCGCGAAUUCUUGUUUAUUUUGUGGCCAGUGUUGUACUACUGCAUAUGGCAACCUGUUGACGCGUCUGUGUGAAUGGCAGGUGCAUUUGUGGGUGGGAAACAGCUGCUUUGUUUCCAAUUGCUCAAAUUGAUUAAAAUAAAGUGCACAACAAAAUGUUGCAAAACAGUUGUCGCAUUUGUGCAACUGACACAGA